AGAGGCGGCGAUGGAGGCUGCGCGGGCCGCGGGGGGCAGCUGAGGCCGAGGAGGCCGGGCCGGGGCUGGGCCGGAGCUGGGGCCGGGCCGGGGCGCGCAGGGGCCUCUUCCCAAAUCUGAGCCCUCCAGCCAUGGCCACCCUGGUGAUGUCCCGGGAGGAGAAGCUGAGCCAGGAUGAGAUCGUGCUGGGUACCAAGGCCGUCAUCCAGGGGCUGGAGACCCUCAGGGGCGAGCACCGGGCCCUCCUGGCCUCUCUGCUGGAGAACGUGGCCGGCCGGGAGGCAGGCGAAGCUGAGCCUGGAACCCAGGAACGCUCCGGGCUCCUGCGCAGAUCCCUGGAGGCCAUCGAGCUGGGCCUUGGGGAGGCUCAGGUGAUCCUGGCACUGUCGGGCCACCUCGGGGCCGUGGAGUCGGAGAAGCAGAAGCUGCGGGCUCAGGUGCGGCGCUUGGUGCAGGAGAACCAGUGGCUUCGGGAGGAGCUGGCUGGCACCCAGCAGAAGCUGCAGCGCAGCGAGCAGGCCGUGGUCCAGCUGGAGGAGGAGAAGCAGCACCUGCUCUUUAUGAGCCAGAUCCGCAAGCUGGACGAGGACCCUUCUCCCAGUGAAGAGAAGGGGGAUGUUUCCAAGGAUUCUCUGGAUGACCUGUUCCCUAAUGAAGAUGAACAGAAUCCAGCUCAGGGCCCCGGGGGUGGAGACGCAGCCGCCCAGCACGGAGGCUACGAGAUCCCGGCCCGGCUCCGGACCUUGCACAACCUGGUGAUUCAGUACGCUUCCCAGGGGCGCUACGAGGUAGCGGUUCCCCUGUGUAAGCAGGCCCUGGAGGACCUGGAAAAGACCUCCGGACACGAUCACCCUGAUGUGGCCACCAUGCUGAACAUCUUGGCUCUUGUGUACCGGGAUCAGAACAAAUAUAAAGAAGCGGCCCAUCUGCUCAACGAUGCUCUGGCCAUCCGGGAGAAGACCCUGGGGAAGGACCAUCCGGCUGUGGCGGCCACCUUGAACAAUCUGGCGGUUCUGUACGGCAAGAGGGGCAAGUACAAGGAAGCAGAGCCCUUGUGUAAACGGGCCCUGGAGAUCCGAGAAAAGGUGCUAGGCAAAUUCCACCCGGACGUGGCCAAGCAGCUGAAUAACCUGGCCCUGCUCUGUCAGAACCAGGGCAAGGCCGAAGAGGUGGAGUACUACUACCGGCGGGCUCUGGAGAUCUAUGAAGCCCGGCUGGGCCCCGACGACCCCAACGUGGCCAAGACCAAGAAUAACUUGGCCUCCUGCUAUCUGAAGCAGGGGAAAUACCAAGAUGCAGAAACCCUGUAUAAGGAGAUCCUGACUCGUGCCCACGAGAAGGAGUUUGGCUCAGUCAAUGGAGAAAACAAGCCCAUCUGGAUGCAUGCUGAAGAACGGGAGGAGAGCAAGGAUAAGCGUCGGGACAGCACCCCCUACGGAGAAUACGGCAGCUGGUACAAGGCUUGUAAAGUGGACAGCCCCACGGUGAACACUACGCUGCGGAGUCUUGGGGCCCUCUACCGCCGGCAAGGGAAGAUGGAGGCAGCUCACACCCUGGAGGACUGUGCCAGCCGCAGUCGGAAGCAGGGCCUGGAUGCUGCGAGCCAGACCAAGGUGGUGGAGCUGCUGAAAGAUGGCAGUGGACGAGGGGAUCGCCGCAGUGGCCGCGAGGGAGCUGGAGGCAGCGCGGGGUCUCGGGCUGAGCUGGAGCCCGAGGAUUCAGGGCCCACGGCUGAAUGGUCUGGGGACGGGAGUGGUUCUCUCCGAAGAAGUGGCUCCUUCGGGAAACUCCGUGAUGCCCUGAGGCGCAGCAGUGAGAUGCUCGUGAAGAAAUUGCAGGGGGUUGGCCCCCAAGAGCCUCCAAACCCCCGGAUGAAGCGAGCCAGUUCCCUCAACUUCCUCCACAAGAGCACAGAAGAGCCCACCCAGUCCAGCAACACCAACCUGUCCGACAGCCGCAUGCUCAGUUCCAGUUCUCUUGACCUCUCUCGACGGAGCUCUCUCAUUGGCUAAUGGGGAGGGGUGGGAGGGUGGACCUAAGGUCCGACCGCUCAGCCCGCCCCCUACCCGUCUCCUGGGCCUUCCUUGGCUGCUUGUCCUGUCCCACAGGGGCAGGGGGCGCAGGGGGAUUCCCAAGCAUCAGCCCCCCUUCCCUGAAGGCUGUUUCUCGCAGGCCCCCCAUCUUUUUUUGUUCAAUCUCAGGGUAACCUCUCCCCCUGUCAUUUCAGGCUUAGCAGCUCCAGGCUUAUUCCCCCGCCCCCGCACAGUCUAGCACUGUUAGUCACACAGCCUAGAAGUGUCCUCUUGGUGACAGAGUGCAGAGAGGAGCCAGGAUCCCCCCCUGUAUUUAUUUCCCUCUUCUCAGCGGAAGCCAGGAAAGUGAACCGCCUCCUCAGGGCCUGACCCACCUUCCCAAAGCAGUCCCGGCGGGGCCCCCCAGCCCCCCAAGGCAGAACAACACUAAGCAGCUCCCUCGUCCCUCCCCUAGGCCUCUGCUUCUGUAUAUAGAGAACUAAGUUAUUGGCCGCUGCCUCCCCGAGCCCUGUCCAUGGUACCGCCUUCAGCCCUCCCCGCUCCCAGUGCCGGGCGCCCCCAGGCCUUAAGCCUUUGCAGACAAGGCCUCGGACCCACAGAACCGCAGAGCUUGUACAUCCUUCCCGGAGGAUGGGAGCCCGCCUUCUCCCCCCCACAGUGUCACUAGCGUAGGACCGAGGCACCCGGUCCCCCCUCAGCACUUUCUCAUCCAGGAUAGCUGACAACGGUUUCCAUGGCCCCCUCUUCUUUCCUUCCGGGUGUGGGGCCUGGGCCUUAACCCCGCUCCCUUUGAGCCACAUUCCAGGGACUUCCUAACCCUUCUCUGCUGCCCCCCGCCCCCCCACCAGGUACGGCCCGUUGAGCCAUCCCUCCUCCCGCACCUGCCACUUCUGAAGCUUCCGGUUCCCCCCUCAGACUCCGAGGGCGGGGCUGCACUCCCUUCCCUGUAGCUGGGAGGGGGCCAGGGUGGGGUGGGCCUGGGAACCCAUUUGCUUUGUUCAAAUGUUGCUGUAGAAAUAAAGACGGUUUGAAUCCAAA